GUGCAUCAAGUCUUCUCCCAACAGACAACAGAACAAGGAAACGUGGGGACCCUCACCGGUCCACCCUUCUUCGCUGCCCUCGCGACCGUAGUAGGGAUAGACAACCUCGCGGUCCAAGGCGUCACAUAUCCCGCAUCCGUGCAAGGCUUCCUGGCGGGUGGUGAUGCCAAUGGAAGUAAAUUGAUGGCUCAACUCGUCGGCCAGGCGCAAACCAAUUGCCCAAAUACGAAGGUAGUUAUUAGUGGGUAUAGUCAAGGUGGACAGCUUGUGCAUAAUGCGGCGAAUAUGCUAAAUGCAUCAACUGCUGCUGCUGUUAGCUCUGUGGUUAUCUUCGGUGAUCCAAACAACGGAACAGCUGUAGCUGGGGUCUCUGCGGCGAAAACGUUGGUGAUUUGCCACACGGGAGAUAACAUCUGCCAACAUGGCGAUCAAGUCUUGCAGCCUCAUCUCACUUAUUCACAAAACGCAACGGAGGCUGCGAAUUUCGUUGCUAAGGCGGCAGGGAUGUUGAACUCGACGAAAGCGUGA